UUCAAACAUUUUAAAAUGUGCUACAGAAGUUCAAUGCACCGGUGACACCACAAGGGUGAGUGCACAUAUAUUCUUCCCUCUUGGGGCUACGGUACAGGUGGAUGCUGGAGCCACCGCUCCAAAACACACAGAAACACACACAGCUUCUUGCGUUCUCAAACACUGAUAUCGACUUGCAGCUUCAGUGUCGUCCACCGCCGGCAAGAAGGCAUGGCGGGCGCGUCCUCGUGGUCGUCGUCCUGCUCGUGCACGUCGUCGCUCGGCUCCUUGGAUGACGACGACGUGUUCUGCGUCGUGAAGCCGGGUUCCCCCGGGGCAGCUGCAGAGGGCAGCGUCAAGUUCCUGUGCAGCUACGGGGGCAUGAUCCUUCCACGCCACCCCGACGGCGCGCUCCGCUACGUCGGCGGCAACAACCGCGUCCUCUCCGUCGACCGCUCCCUUCAAUUUCACGAGCUGCAACGGAAGCUGACGGACAUGUGCGGAUGGGAGGCGUUGAGCCUGCGGUGCCAGCUGCCGACGGAGGACCUGGACGCGCUCGUCUCCGUCACGACCAACGACGACCUCGGCCACCUGCUGGAGGAGUACGACGCCGCCAGCAGGGACCGGCUCCAGCCGCUCAAGAUAAGGGCGUUCCUGUUCCCAAGGGCCAAAACGCCGCCGCUCUCGCCGUCCACCCCGUCGUCCAGGCCAACGCCGGCGUACGUCCGCCACCACCACCAGCACCACACGGCUCGCCCCCCUCCGGCUCGUGGGCAUUCGGGCCACCGGCGCCCGCACCAGCUCCUGCUCCUCCACAACGGCAGUUGGUUGCAAUAACAGCGGGAUUAGCAGCCGCGUGCUGAUGUAUUAGCUUGGCAGUCGUGAGAUCGUCCAUGGGGCGCUGUGCCGCUGUCGCUCACGAAUUUGUAAGCCCUGCUUUGCAUGUUUCAUAACAUACGUACGUACUACUGUAGUAACAGACCUAUUAGCUUGGCUUAUUUUAAAUAAGAUUCAGGGUCUGUCCAAAAAAGAGAAGUAUGUGUACGAGUCGUUCUUUCCUUUCCUUAUCACUUUUUUCGUGAUCAAAA